UCUCAACCAAUCACUAUCCACUAGGGCUCCGGCGGCGCUUGUCCAGGAGUUAGCUUCGUACAGCCACAUUUGCUUUGUAGCAAUUCCACGUUGAAUAUUUUACCGUAUAUCAAGGCGUAAUAAUUAGGUUCGUCAAAUAAUCAGUCGUGUGUGAAGGACACCAAACGGAGACGAUGACGGGCUCAAACGAAUACAAGCUAGACCAAGGACCAGAGGACAGCAUCUCCGCUGUCAAGUUCAGCCCCAGCGCGGCUCAGUUCCUGCUGGUUUCCUCCUGGGACUGCACUGUCCGUCUCUUUGAUGUCGGAGCCAACACCAUGCGGAUGAAGUAUCAGCACUCUGCUCCGGUUCUCGACUGUGCUUUUUAUGACCCAACACAUUCUUGGAGUGGAGGCUUGGAUGCACAAUUAAAAACGCAUGAUUUGAACACAGACCAAGAUACUGUGGUUGGAACACAUGAUGCCCCCAUUCGUUGUGUGGAAUACUGUCCAGAAGUUAAUGUAAUGGUGACGGGUAGCUGGGACAGAUCAGUUCGGCUGUGGGACCCAAGGACGCCUUGCAAUGCUGGCACCUUUACUCAGCCUGAAAAGGUGUACACCCUCUCUGUGGCUGGCGAUAGGCUGAUUGUCGGCACAGCUGGAAGACGAGUACUGGUGUGGGAUUUGAGAAACAUGGGCUACGUGCAGCAAAGAAGAGAGUCCAGUCUCAAGUACCAGACCCGCUGCAUUAGAGCCUUCCCCAACAAACAGGGCUACGUCUUGAGUUCAAUCGAAGGACGCGUAGCCGUGGAGUACCUGGACCCGAGCCAGGAGUUUCAGAAGAAGAAGUAUGCCUUCAAAUGCCACAGGCUGAAGGAGGAAGGAAUCGAGUGUGUCUACCCCGUCAAUGCAAUCUCGUUUCACAGUAUUCAUAACACCUUUGCCACAGGUGGCUCGGACGGCUUCGUGAACAUCUGGGACCCCUUCAACAAGAAGCGCCUGUGUCAGUUCCACAGGUACCCGACCAGCAUCGCGUCGCUGGCCUUCAACAACGACGGCACCAUGCUUGCAAUCGCCUCCUCCUACAUGCACGAGAAGGGUGACAUCAACCACCCAGGGGAUGCCAUCUUCAUCCGCCAAGUCACAGAUGCUGAGACGAAGCCGAAGUGAGUCUUCCUCUCCCCGUCCCCCCCUCCCCCCCUGUGUACUUGGUAUGACAUUUCGAUACUCACUGAAUCCAAGUACGCAGCGGCCUUUCCAAGCAGCACGUCCGGCUGCAGCCUAUGCUGAUGCUCUAUCGGUGUACGUCUACGUUUCAAUAUCCAACAGUUGAAAGAUGCAAACUUGAAAAUCCCCCCACCAGUUUGUGUGUCUGUGCUGUGGUGAACGUACACCCUGUUGACCAAACAGCUACUGCAGUGUACAGUAAUUCUUUACAAUAGCCCUGUAAUCUACAACUUUUUGUGAGAAUAAAUCAAUGAGUUUUUUUAAAUAUUGUUUUUUUUAUCUGGGAAGCAAUUUUGUUUGUUGACGGAGGUUUUAAUGUUUUGUGAAGACACAGUGUUCAUUGUUUUGUAAUAUCAGAAACAAAAUGCUCCCACCUAUAUCACACAAUGGUGAUUUUGGAUUAAAGCAAUAAACUCAUAAAACAUA